CACGUGACAAAGCGAAGCAGAAGACGCAGCAGACAGCUUCGGUGGCGCUUCGCACUUCGGGCACCGGAGGGUUGGAAGUUGGAAAACAAUACCAUUCCCGAUUUUCACGUUAAGAUCUCGUGCUUCCCCUCCUGUGCCCGAACUCGGACGUUCUUCCCAUCCGAAGUGCUUUCCGGCGUCGCGGCCUGACCGGAGUGUCUCUGGCCGCCCCGGGGCUGUAGGCAUGAUUCGUCCUCCAUGACUGGGAUCCACUCUCGGCUUCGGCUCCAGGCAGGAGGAUGGAUGGCUGGUGCAGUUCCCCGGAGUUCCCCUGGGUGCCACAGGAGCAGGCACAGGCGCCGUGGCCAGACUUGUGGGACGAUGGCGACUGGGUGCCGCGGUCCCCGAGCCUUCAAGCUGUCCAGGGGGAUGCAGGUCCGGGCUUGCCGGCCUCCUUGGGCAUCCCCACUUGCCACAUGCUGUCUCAAGAUGUCAAGGCAGCCGUCGAGGAAAUAGAUUCUAUUGUGAAUGAGCUUUGGAGAACUGCUCCGCCUAUAGAUGCAGGAUUCCAUGAUGAUGACUCUAACACAUCUGCUCAAGUUGUUCCCAGUGAUUGUUCAGUAGCUUUGACGGACUUCAACUGUACCGAUUCAAACCAAACACUUCCUUUCUUGAGUGAUAGUCACAAUGAAGGGCUUGGUGGUCCCUCAGCGAAAGGAGCUCUCGACUCUGAUGGUACUUUUGAAAAGGAAAAGAAGACUAAAUACAAAUGUGAUAAGUGUGAUAAAUGUUACAUUUGGCAGCCUGAUUUAGUAAAACAUAAGAAAGUACAUUCUGGAAAACGUCAUAAAUGCUCUGAAUGCGACAAGAGCUAUGUAUUGAAAAGCGACCUCUGUAAACAUGAGAAGUCCCAUCAAGUUGGAAAGGCUUUUCCAUGUAAGAACUGUGGCAAGUCAUUUCUUACAGCAGGCGAUAUGCACAAACAUAUGCGUAUCCAUACUGGCGAAAAACCAUACUUCUGCAAUAUGUGUAACAAAAGUUUCUCUGCCAGUGACAAUUUUCAUAAACACUUACGAAUUCAUUCAGGGGAAAAACCGCUGGUCUGUCUUGACUGUGGUCAAAGAUUUUCCAAGAAAAGUAAUCUUCAGCAGCAUAUCCGAAUUCACCUUGGUGAAAAGCCAUUUCAAUGUGACACCUGCGGACUAAGCUUCACUCAAAAGACUCAUUUGAAAACUCAUAUCACAACCCAUAGUGGAUUAAAGCCUUAUUUCUGCUCCAGUUGUGACCAACGCUUUACAAGGAAUGCUGAUUUGAAACGUCACAUCAUUCGAGCUCAUUCAGAAAGAACAGAGAAUAGAGGUUUGUGACCAUAUUAAGCCCAUGUUCUAUGGGCUGUCACAUUGAUAUCUUUUCAGAUUGUGGAAAUGUUGAUUUUGUAAGCUCUUGGGCUUUGAUGCUACAAUUUUUUGUAGGUACGGAAUAAUGAUUAUGAUGAUAACUGAGCUAAGGUGUGACUAUGCAAGGUCACUAAGCAAGUCAAACAUUUAUAAUGAAUAGUGUUGUUAGCUUUCAACAACUUUUAAAGUUGUUUUCCUCAUUAUUUACAUGUGCUUUUCAUACCUGUGAUGAUGAAGUUGAGUUUUCUGGGGGAUAAGUUGUUCCCACCUACAUCAUUUUUUUUGUUGUGUCUUCAGUCACUAUAAAGUAUAAUUCUAAGUAAACGAUAGAAUGAUUAUGACAAUAAUGAAAGUCAGCCAUUUGAUAUAAGAUAGAUUAUUUAUAAGCUUUUGCUUAUGUGCUAUUGUAUAGGAUGGGUGAGUACUGCAAACAAAGCACUCAUGUUUUGUAGCAAGCAUGUCCAGGAAUCAUGCACAAUUUUUGUGCCUUAUAGAUGGUUUAACCCAUGCUACAGCUGUCAGUACCGCUGGACAAUAAUUUUAAUGAAGCAACUUGGUAUAUAUUUUUAUGUACAUUUAUGCUUUUAUGUUCUAGUCUUUGUUGAAUUCAUAUCUUCUUCUCUCACUUCAUGUGAUGUUUCAAUUUUCAAUCGCUUCAUCAUUAAGUGGAUGAACUCAGUGUUAACACUCAUUCAAAUGCUGCAUUCCGAAUACUUAUCUAAUGAUUCAUCACCCAAUCAUGUUAUUUUUAUCAGAGACUGUGAUAUUGUGAUACCCUAUAUGUCUGUGGUCAACACGCUGAAUCAGUUCAGGAAAUUGAGGGAGAAUGCUGAGUACCUAGGACUCAAAGGAGCGCUUGUAAAAAAAAUUAGGGUACCUCAUUGCUUGUCCUUCCUGUCAUAUCCUCUGUACCUGAUCAUGAAGUUUAUCAAUCAUACCAUAUCUCAAAACGCCAGACAAGCAUCUGUUUAAGAUUCUUUAUAUUUGGCUUCUUUGAUCUUUGGGGUGUAUUAUCUCUUGUUUAACAUAUUUUCUUUGUGAUACUAAGUGACUUCUUAUUACUAUAAUUUGUUUCAUUUGUCACUUGCUAUUGAUUUAUGUGGCUUGACAAUAAAGGCAGAUUAUCUUUGACGAAA